AUGCGGUAUCACUCGGACAAGCAGUAUCAGUCAGGGACACGCAAGAAGAAUUCAUCAGAUCACAGAGCCCGAGCUCGCAUGAGCACUUCAUUUGCAGAGCAGAUGAUGCGGAAGGUAAAUGAAGCCAAGGAAUUCUUAGAAUGCGAUGCCAACUGCAAAGGGUUUGGUGUCCGAAUCCAGCGCCUUUUCGUAGACAAGUUGGGGGGUCUCAAGCCGCAGCUGCAAAGCCGUGUGCAAAAGCUCCUCAAAGAGCAAAAGUAUUUGCAGCUCAAAAUGCUCCUUCAAGAUAUUCGAACGGUUGACCAAAAGCUUGCUGCCAAUAUGAGUGUUUCGACUCGGGAGCUUGAAACCAUCAUCAAGGAUAAUCUCAUCGAGGAGGCAAACAAGAUCAGUCAUGUUGUUGAGGAAGCAUGGAAUGCCAGACGGCUUCGGGAGCUUCAAGAAGAAUUGAGCAAACUGAAGCAAAUGAGACACGAGCUUGCAGCCUUUCCACAAAUUGUGCCUGAGAACUUGAUCAAAGAUAUUUCAAGGAAGAUCAACGAUGAGAUCAAGGAAGAGGGCAACAGUGCACAGAGCUGCAUCUUCUCAUGUCACUCUUUGUCGCAGGCCAUGGACAGCAUCAUGCAGUUUGGGAGACAUCUCAUUGCUUUGGGCCGCAUUUGCACUCACCUGCGUGACUCCAAGAUGACUGCAGAGCUGGAAGUAACCCACGCUCUGGAGAAAUGCUGUCAGAAGAAGUGGGGGGUGAGCUUUCUGAAUCAGCUGGGUAUGAGACUGGGGCAGGGAAAGAUAGGUCAUCCCACUACAGAUGAUGCAUUGAUUGGAAGGGUCCUGUUGAGUUCUUUUCCGCAAUUCGAGGAUGUCAGAACAGUCAUUUUCAACCGCGAGACCAGUGCUGCGCAGAAGGAUGUGGCGGAGACACUAAAGGAAAUUUUAUCUUGGGAGAUUGGACAUGGUGCCUCACGCAACAAACGGUCUGUUCCCACCGCUAAGCUGAUAGAGGGUUGGAAGCAGUACGAACAGAAGUUUGAUGAAUACAAAGAGAGAUGGAUUGCUUCAGAGCUGACACGAAAGACUCUGGCGGAGCAUAUCAUUGGGACAGCAUCCAAGCUCAGGGCGCAGCGCUGUGGCAUGUGGUCCACAGAGAUCAAAGAAAAGAUUCCUGAGUUGCUGGCAGGCAUUUUUGCUCUCUAUGCCAUCGUGAGAUCCGGCACAGCGCACGCUUCGGCGGAGAAACCUUCCAACCAAUUCUCGGCUUCUUCUGCUGACGCAGAAGCAGAACAGGUGCUUCCAGAGGAGUUCCUUAUCAAGCCUCAUUGCAUCCAGGUCUUGACGUUGCUGUGCCUCACAGGAUAUGGAAACCAACGGGAUGAAUUGGAGAAUCACCUCAUGCAAAUUCGCACUGGCGAAGGGAAGUCCAUUGCCCUGGGCGGCGGUGCAGCACUUCUAGCCUUGUUGGGGUUUCAGGUCAGAUGCAUUUGCUACUCAAAAUACCUCAGCCAGAGGGAUGAGAAGGCUUUCAGCACUUUGUUCGAGGAAUUGCAGCUGCAGGGCUCCGGCCGUGAACGGAUUGUGUACAGCACGAUCACCCAAUACAGUGAAGACCUUAUUGGCAGAAAAGGCGAUGUAAGGAAGCUCACACUUGACUUGGUUGCUGACGGCAACUUCAGCCUCCAAGCAAUGAAGCCAAGCACAGCUGAGGCAACGCUUCCAGCGGAAAAGCUCCAAGAAGAGAUCCUUCUGGUCGAUGAAGUAGACGUUCUGUGCGGGAGCCACUUUUAUGGUCAAACGCACAAUCAAGUGGCACUUCUAGAAUCGCCAGAGGUCGAGGACCUUCUCCGAGAAAUUUGGAAGAACCGGGACGAGGCAAUGAAUACAGCAGCAUUGGUUCAAAAAGUGCUUGAAUCAGAGCAAUUUGAGGCCGUGGCCAAGAAGUUUCCGGAUUUUGCAGACAUUGUGAAGUCUGAGGCCGUGAAGAUGUGUGUGGACCUGAAGAACCACCUGAAGGAUCACUUCUUGAAAUCUUGCCCUGAUUACAUCUUUGAUGGUGGCAAAGUUGGCUACAAGGUCCUUGAUGGUGUUGUCUGGGACGUUGUGAAGGGGUACAGGACAGCGUUUGCAUACCUGCAUGAAGAGACCAAAGGGCGUAUGCUAGACAAGGCCACGCUGCGAAAGGCCCUGUCACUGCAAAUACCUUGUGGUAGAUUCUCAUAUGCAAAGUUGGGCUCGCCCAAGGUAUUGGGUGUGUCCGGGACCGUCACAGCUUUGAGCAAGCAUCAAUGGGAGGUCAUGCGCCGAUUCGGCAUCACAAGCUACACAGUCGUCCCAUCCGUUUACGGCCGGAACCAUUUUGCCUUCUUGAAUCAAGGCUCUGCCAUCACCAUUUCUACAGAUGAGGACCAUGCCUUCGACAUUUUCAGUCAGGUAUCCAAGAAGGUGGAUGAAGAUCGAGCUGUCAUUGUGUUCUUCCGCGAUGUGCCGCAAGUCAAGGAAUUCAUGGAGUCAUCUUACUACAGCAACAUGUCCAACAAGAAUGUGCUGCUUCCAAAUCUUCCUGACUCAGACAAAGACUGGAUGGCGAAGAAGGCCGCAACGGCUGCUCAAGUCACGCUCGCACCGCGAAUCUUUGGAAGGGGAGUUGACUUCUACAGUUUCGACAAAAAACUUGAGAAGGCCGGUGGAGUCCAUGUCAUCCAGACCUUCUUUUCCGAGGACAAGAGUGAAGAGGUUCAGAUCCAGGGGCGCACUGCUCGCCAAGGGAAGAGCGGCACCUACUCGCUUAUCCUGGCAGAUUCGGAGGUUAAGGAGCUUGGAUUGGAUCCUCUUCACCUGCGAAACAUGCCAGCUGAACGCUGCUAUAAUGCACUUUGCUCAGCAAGGGAGAAGAAGCAAGCUUGCCGCAGCAAGGACAUGGAAAAGACGUUGGAGGAAGCUAAUGCCUUGGAUUGUGAAUCUCGUUCGUAUUUCAACGCUCUUCUUGAAGCAAAUUGCCCACUUGCGAGAGACAGACUCAGAAAGUUGUAUGAGCAGCUGGGUGGUGGCAGCAACACCAAUGCCUACCACUUCAUAUGCUGCUACGACGAGUCCGGCUCGAUGCGUGGGUCACCGUGGGAGGAGCUGAAGAAAGCCCAUGGCGCCUUCAUGCAGAAGUUGCAAAGGGUGCUUUCAGCGAAAGUGUCGAUCAUCCAGUUUGCACAGGAUGCACACACUGUGUUGCAGCUUGGUGAUGUCAAGCAAGCCAUGUGCCUUGAGUUGACGAGGGACACAGGCGAGAGAACGCACAAAACAUGGUUUGAGCCAGCACUGGCAACAGCCCUCCGCUUGAUGCGGAUAGGUGCACAGCAGGACCAAAGGCUCACACCUGUCUUGGUCUUCAUGACUGAUGGUAGCAAUGGUGAUGGCGAUUGCAUCCAGACCAUGAGGGACAUGAGGCAGGAGUUUCCAUCGUUGGACUUCCAUGCAAUCAUCUUUCGGAAAGAAGACUCCACCGUGCUUCGGAAGAUGGUUGGGGCUACGGGAGAUGGACAUUUUCAUGUCUCAGUAGACGGAGUGAAGCUUGUUGAGACCUUCUCCCACAUCGCCAGCAGCCUGGAAUACACUGGCCGAGGGUGA